AAAAAAUGGCAAAAAGGCGUUUCUGCGGUUACAAUUUCAAAAAUGCGUGGGAUAAAGAAUGUGUCACGCCAAUUUACCGUUAAUACCAAAUGUUAGCAACUCAUCUAGAAAAUAAAUUUUACGAAAAUAAAAAUGAAUAUAAAAACCAUAACAACAGCUUUGCUCCACACAGUGCCAGUUUCGAGUGUGACCUCAUUUUUAAAUAACGCGCCAUGAACGCUAUCGAACGCAACACAAAUUUCACACGCUUCACCGCCGGCCCAGUUAGAUAUUUCAAAUUUAUCGGCAUUUGCUUGCAACCACCGGAAAUGCCGCACACCAAAUACAAGCGCAUGUUGACUGUGCUCACCAUAGCGCUAAUGUUUCUGCAUCAGAUCGCCUAUAUACUAGAACCCGGACGCACUUUUGCCGAACAAUCCGCCGCUGCUGGCCUGCUCAACUACACCACCGUUAGCGGCGGAAAGAUACUCUUUCUCAUCUACAAUCGCCGCCUGCUGCUGAGCAAUCACUGCCAAUUGGCUGCAUUGUAUCCGAGCGCAGCGAUAGAGCGCCACUACAAAUUGGAGCAUUAUCUGCGCAUAUAUGCGCGCGUACAAACGCUGCUCUACAACUUUUUCAAAUACAUUUUAAUCAUAUACCUAAUAUAUCCUAUAGCGCAAUCAUUCUACGACUUAUGGUCCAGCGGCGUCUACUCAUACAUCAUGCCUACACUUUUCUGGUAUCCCGUGCCAUUGGAGCAAUCGCUGUUCGUUUAUAUCGUUUACUUGUUAUUCGCGUGUUUUUGCAGCUUUUGUGCGGGCUUAAUUAUAUUAAGCGCCGAUUUGUGUCUCUUCAGUUCGGUAUCGCAAUUAAUGUUACAUUUGGAUUUGUUGGCGCAGCGCAUAAGCGCACUGCGACCGGCUGAGGAAGGAAGUUUAAGUGCGUUGAAAGCGAUCAUUGAGUAUCAUCAAAAGAUUUUGACACUUGCGCACAAUGUGAAUAGCAUUUUUGCGCCCUCGAUACUUUUCAGUCUGGCUUCGUCAUCGUUUAUACUUUGCUUUAGCGCCUAUCAGCUACUCGAUGAUGUCUCCUUCAUUUUCGUUUUGAAAGUGUUCCUUUUACUAUGCUACGAAAUGAAGCAAGUGGUCAUCACUUGCUACUACGGCGACAAACUGAUGGAUAGUAGUGCAAAUCUCUUUACCGCUGUUUACGCACACAAUUGGACCGAUGGUUCACCAGUUUACAAGCGCCUCGUUUUGUUUAUGUUGGUACGCACUUAUCGGCCCAUAGCAUUGAAAGUGGCUGGCAUAUCAGACGUUUCGCUUAUCACACUCAAACAGGUCUUAAGCACCUCUUAUCAAAUUUUCACCGUUUUGAAAACAACAUAAAUGAAAAGCAUGUUUUUUUUUGUUGUUUUGAAAAGUAAUUCAAAUUCACAUAUUUAUUAGUUAAAUACACAAAUUAUUU